AUUUAAGGCAACCAUCUUGGUCUUAUUGAUUAGAUCGUCCAGUCUUGGAAUGUUCAAAUUGCUGAUUAAAACUUGUGGUCACUGACUUUCUUUAGUCCCCACUACACCAAUGAUCUGAAAGAGGAGGUUAGCCAUUCCUGUAUGUAGUAUGAAGAUCUCUCAUCCCUUUCCUUUAUGCAACAUGCAAUCUUUGAUAACAUUAUGAAUAAGUCCGAUGAAGGUGAUCUCAACUUCAUAACAGUUGAUUACAUUUUCCAUCUGCUCGUUUCCGUCUGCGUAAUCUUGUUCAUUCAUAUCUUGGAUAACCUUCAGGAUUUCGCCCAUGAUCUCAUUAUUGGUAGCUAUCAACUGGGGCAAAAAGAGCCUGUUGAGCUCAGUCAGCAUCUUAUCGUGAUGCAAAGCGGCAAGAUAGCUCUUUCAGACUAAAAUUGCACCGAUUGAUGCAUUCUUACUGGUCCUGGACUCACUCAAGAGACUGAGUAUAUUUUCAGCAAAAGCCUGUGAGAUGCUGAAAUCAUCUUCUGUUCCGUCAAUAGCAUUCUCUCUUUUUCUCUUAGAUACCACAAUUGAUAAGAAAUGGAAAGAGACUUGUCAAAUUUCAUACAGAAAAUUCUUGUUCUGAAGACAGAUUCUCUCAUGCAUCAUAAUAGGAAUCAAGAUCUUAAGAAUUGCCAUCAGUUGUUCUUCAGUUACUUCGAAAGAGAUAUACUUUCUAUUUAAAGUACUCUUUCGCAUAAGUACAGAUUCUCAAGUGAAGAAUUUGAUUUUCCAUCAAACUCUCAUGUGAUAGUAAGUCAAGGAUUGCCUUAGAUUGAGCUCUCGAUCAGCUGUGCUAGAGAUUCCAAGUUGAUUUCUCCUGCUUCCAUUAAAAAUCCAAAUAUUUUAUAACUCA